AUGUGGUGCGGCAGCUCUAACUGCGAAACCAGUCAGUCCCGGGUGGCACGCUGGUUACAGCGGGAAGCGGGGGCAGGGGCGGAGAAGCCAGUGCGUGACGGCCAAGGGAGGAGUUUGAAAGCGCUGCCCGGGGUGGGGCUGCGGGGGCACAAGGCCUCAGCGGGCACCGUCGCCCCCGAGUGCCAAGCCCCGGAGGCACAGAGCACUGGCCGGGCCCGAAGCCAGGCCGAACUUCUGCCUCAGGACGUGCGGCCCCGCGGGCGCAGUGUGCCACCCGGCGCCUGCCCUAACGACGCUCCCGCCAGGGCCCGCGAGGGCGGGACGAAGCAGGCCCGGCCCCACAGCCCCUUCCUGGGGGGGGGCCGAAGCCGCUGCGCACGUCCUAGGCCGCCCCGUGCGGAAGCCAAAGCACACAGGGCGUCCUCAGUAAGGGGCUUCUAUCUAGGCUUUCUGUCCUUUCUCAUCGAGACCGGGACGGACUGCCUGGAUUCUCUUCUUGCCCAGUGGGACCACUUGCUGCACCCUGAUCCUGAUGGCGACUUCAUUUUUCCAGCCUGACACUUGGCCUGCUUCGUGCAGAAGAAGAAAGCAAAUUACAGGUUGGAAAUCAGAAUAUUUCAAAGAGGGGUGAAAAGGUUGGAGCAGAGUGACCGCUACAUAAUGAAGUGUCCGGUGAUAAUGUCCAGUCUGGGCCAAGAGAGCGUCUACUGCUGAUGUGCGUUCAUUCAGGUCUCCCCGCCCCUGACCCUGGGACGCGCCAGUGGACAGACCCCAUGGCUGCUGUCCCUUCAAGGGGAGCUGGUGGCUUUUCUCGAAGACGCCAGCCAGAUGGGAUUGCACACAGACAUCAACAAGAGGCAAGACCUUCUUCAGAGACACGGGAAUUUAAAUUCGAAGGAAUUUCAUAUGCAGGUGGAUCAGACGCUUCGUCCUGCAGGGGCAGGUCAGAGAAGACUAAGACUUUCCAAUGUCUAGAAUUUUAUCAUGGACCAAACUUCAUGAUUGGGACUCUGGUGAAUUUAGGGCACGGGGGAUGGUCUUGCCAAGCCCCCAAACAUUUCUUCCCUUAAUUGUGAUGCCUGAAAUCCCUUUAUUUGGAGACAGAUGCUUUCAUUUAGCAACUGCAGAGCUGGCUGAAAAUGCCCCCGUGAGAGGGCUGACACAGUAAAAUUCUUGCUAAAGUGUAAACAACUGAUACGAGUUUGAUUUCUUAAGAGCAGCUUUGGCAAUGGAAGAGCACCAGGCUAAGUCACCAAAGCUGAAGACAGUCUUGGCAGAGACAUUUCGUCAGCUUCCCAGGGGGCAGCCCUGCUCGUGGCCCCUGCUUCCUUACAGACCUUCACAAACGGCAGGAUCCCCCAGGGAUUUGGGAUGGUCCUUUUCUGUUCUCUUCUUCAUCUGUGCAGCCAGGUUCCAGCCCAGGGGGAGAUACUAAACACCAGGUAACCUCAUGUCACUGAUUCGGAAAGUGUGCUGUGCUGAUCAUGGGGGUGGCCCCUGGCUAAAGUCCUGCAAACACCCUUUUGUCCACGUGCCUGCAAAGUGUAUGUUUUUCUGUGUCACGUGUCUAUCCCCAUUCCAGUGUCAUCCCGGCCAGAGUCAGAGGUCUUAGUUCAUAUUCCCAAGCAGAGACAAAAGAGGUCUGUGGUCCAAAGGAAAGAGGUUUCUGUUUUGAGGGAAGCAUGAGCCUGAAAGUCCUCUGAGUCCGGUACCAUUUCCGUGAUGGAAAACGGGCACUUUGUGGUGGUCAGCAUCCUGGGGGGCUCCGGGUCCAGGUCAUUGUCCUGAUUUUGGCAUCAGCUGUCCUGCCCCUUUUGAUGGCCCCAUCUCCUUCGAGCCACUGACACCAUGGGGAAGCAGAGACAUGGAGAGCAGAUCUGUGGGGCCGGCUGACAUCACACCUUUUCCAUUUAUGCCCCUGAGGCCUGGCACUCCUGCCAGGUGACCCCAUGGAGGACAGCCACAGGGCAGGAGAUGCACCCUGCCCCAUGCGAUGAAUUCCUCAUUGCCCCACAGCAAUGCCAGGUGGCCCGAGGAACCCCGGGAACACAAGCUCUCUGUAGGGGAGCGCUGAGCCUGGAAUUUGCUGAGAUGGCUGCUCCCAUCCUCUGGACAGUGGAGUGCUUCUAGUGUGUGGGUAGUCACCACAAGGCUGUGCUUGCUGGUAACAGGCACAUGCCAUAGGGGCCCUCUUUCCCGAGCCUGUGGUUCUUUCUCCUGUGACAGGGCUUUCCCUUCCUGGGCCUGACAGGUCCCACACCCAACGAGGUAAGGGAUGGUGUCAGGCGUGCUGGCUGGAACCAGCAUCGGAUCUAAGUGGUGUUAACUUAAAAAUAAAAAGCCGAAGUGGCAGCAACAAGCAUUUAUUUGAGAUUUAAAGGAAAAAAAAAGAAUUGCUAUCGGGGGCAUUAGAUUCAGGCAGAAACCCAAGUUAUGUUCCGA